AUGGAUUCUAACCAUGCUAAACCGUUAUCCAAAGAUUCCAUGCAAUCAACAUGGCGCACAGCACCUCGCAGCGAGUGGAACAUCUAUCAUCACAUGCUCGACACACUCAACGCCUACCCCAUCGACAUAAACAAGGAGGUACCAGUGCAUAGCAAAGAUGAUAAAGUGCCACACAUGCCCCAGUGGCAUCUUCAACGCUGGGUUCUCUUCUACUCCGCCAUCCCCCUCCUCCUCCACGAGACCUACAUGGCAUUCACCGGCCGCACCAUAAGCCCAAUCGUCGCAGUCGCCUUUUACGUCCUCGCCUUCAACGCGAUAGUGAUACACGAAAUGCACAUCCUCCGACGUCUCGGCCACAAAUACGGCUUCCUCGACGGCGACAAGCACGCACGGGAUGGCAUCCCCGACGUCGGCAUCGGCAAAGUAGUUACCUCACUAUACAAACUCACCGGAUCCCGAAUGAUCCUCUCAAUCGUCCUAUCCUACGACCAAACACAACGACCCUCGCAGAUGUCCUGGAGCUGGCUACCCCUCGAACUCGGACUAUACGGUGUCGUCCUCGACUUCUGGUACUACUGGUACCACCGAUUGAUGCACGACGUCAGCUAUCUCUGGCAAUACCACCGAACCCACCACCUGACCAAACACCCGAACCCGCUCCUCUCUGCGUACGCAGACCACGAGCAGGAACUCUUCGAUCUGUUCGUUAUUCCGAUGAUGACGUACUUUAGUCUAAAGCUGGUUGGUCUGCCGAUGGGGUUCUACGAGUGGUGGAUCUGUCAUGAAUAUAUCGCUUUUGGGGAGGUGUUUGGCCAUAGUGGAUUGCGGAUGCAUUCGGGUGUGCCGUCAACGCUGAACUGGUUACUGGUGAGGUUCGGGGUGGAAAUCAAUAUCGAGGACCAUGAUUUGCAUCAUCGGAAGGGCUGGCGGAAGAGUCAUAACUAUGGGAAGCAGACGAGACUGUGGGAUCGAGUUUUUGGGACUUCUAUGGAGCGUAUUGAGGCUGUGGAGGGGAAUGUGGAUUAUGAGAAUACGGCGAAGAUGCCUUUGUUCUAG